CUCCUUCAUUUUACUUUUAGGCACCAUUUUACGUGUGUUUUAAAGGAGACUUUUCUUUCUCUUGCCUCGACCUUCAGUGAAACGACCAGACCCAAAGACACCUCACGUACAAACACAAACGCACACACACACACAACACAUUAAUCAACUAAAUCUGUCAAGAUGCGUGAGAUUGUCCACGUCCAGGUCGGCCAAUGUGGCAACCAAGUCGGUUCCAGCUUCUGGUCCACCGUCUCCAAGGAGCACGGUAUUGAUGGCAGCGGCGCAUACCACGGAACUUCAGACCAGCAGCGUGAGCGCAUCAACGUCUACUUUGCUGAGGGCGGCAACGACAAGUACGUCCCCCGUGCUGUUCUGGUCGAUCUUGAGUCCGGCCCCCAGGAUGCCAUCCGCGCCGGCCCUCUAGGCCAGCUGUUCCGCCCCGACAACUUCGUCGCCGGUGAGGCCAGUGCCGGAAACAACUGGGCCAAGGGUCAUUACACCGAGGGUGCCGAGCUCGUUGAGGAGGCCAUCGAUGUUGUUCGUCGCGAGGUUGAGAACUGUGACCACCUUCAGGGUUUCCAGCUGACGCACUCUCUCGGCGGUGGUACCGGUUCCGGUAUGGGAACGCUUCUUCUGUCCAAGAUCCGCGAGGAGUUCCCCGAUCGCAUGAUGGCCACCUUUUCCGUUAUGCCCUCGCCCAAGGUUUCCGACACCGUUGUUGAACCUUACAACGCCACUUUGUCUCUGAACCAGCUCGUCGAGAACUCUGACGAGACCUUCUGUAUCGAUAACGAGGCUCUGUACGAUAUCUACGAGAGGACCCUCAAGAUCGCCGAUCCUUCGUACGCCGAUCUCAACUACCUGAUUUCCACCGUCAUGGCCGGUGUGACGACAUGUUUCCGAUUCCCCGGACAGCUCAACUCGGAUCUGCGAAAGCUCGCUGUUAACAUGAUUCCGUUCCCCCGACUUCACUUCUUCAUGGUCGGAUUUGCCCCUCUGACUGGUCGCAACAUGAAGACUUUCCAGCACGUUACCGUCCCCGGCCUUGCUCAGCAGAUUUUCGACAACAAGAACAUCAUGGCCGCUGCCGAUUUCCGCAACGGACGAUACCUCGCUUGUUCCGCCAUCUUCCGCGGACGUCUCUCAACAAAGGAGAUCGAGGACCAGAUGCUCAAGGUUCAGACCAAGAACUCCGAGUACUUUGUCGACUGGAUCCCCAACAACGUCCAAACUUCCGUCUGUUCCGUGCCUCCCCGCGGUCUCGACAUGUCCGCCACUUUCGUUGGCAACUCCACCGCCGUCCAGGAGAUCUUCAAGCGUGUCGACGACCAGUUCUCAGCCAUGUUCCGACGCAAGGCUUUCUUGCAUUGGUACACAAGCGAGGGUAUGGACGAGAUGGAAUUCACCGAGGCCCAGUCCAACUUGCACGACUUGGUUUCCGAGUACCAGCAAUACCAAGACGCCGACAUCGACGACGAGGCUGAGGAGUACGAGGAGGGUGAGCCCGAGGAGUACGAGGGUUGAAUAUUGGUUGGGAACGUUGGUUAACAUCAUGACUAUUUGGUUUAUAUCCUCACUACUACCCUCAAAAUGUUUCUCAUCCCCUUCUUCGUUAUACACACAUUUAAAACAGAAAUUGGUUCACCAGGCCUGACUAAAUUGGCCAUAUUAAUAACAGGCGUGUUUUUAAGCACGAUUUCUAAA